AUGACAUUGUCCGCCACAUCUGAUUCUGUAUCUCUCACCGCACUGACUUCCCUCUCCAUCAGCGAAAUUGUGGAGUUGUUUAAGUCCCUCCCAUCUCUCCAGACACUAAAUAUCAGUGAAUGCCCUCUCCUGAAAGCACUCUCUGGGAGGGUGAUCCUCCGAUACCUACCCGUCCUUGGGAAGCUGGAAAUUCUUAGCUGCGAAGAGCUUGAUUUAUCCACCAACGAUUACGAUGACGAUGAUGAUUAUGGGGGUGGUGAAGACAUGCCAAUGACGCCUAAUCUGCAAUCGACUAAGCUCCUCAAGUUGAACCUGAAGACUUUGCCCGAGCGGUUUCCCAAUCUCACCUCUCUUCAAAGUCAUACAAUUUGGAACUGCGGGGAGAAGCUGAUAAGAAGGUGCUAUGAAGGGCGGUCCUAUAUCCAUCAUAGUUUCUCGUUGCAGGCGGUCAUUUAUAUGGACAUUUUUAAGCUCCCACAGUCCCUUCUUCAAAAACAAGAUAUGCUAUUGAAGGGCCUUCACUUCUACUUCCAGUGGUAUUUAGUUCAAGCUCUUAAACUGCUGAGAGAUGUCGACUUUUAUUUUCUUGGAAAAGCUAGAUAUUUCUUCCAGCAACUCAUUUCAGGAGUCAGCUACUGCCGUUCCAUGCAAAUCUGCCAUAGAGAUUUGAAGUUGGAGAACACCAUAUUGGAUGGGAGCCCUGCGCCUUGCUUGAAAAUUUGUGAUUUUGGCUACUCCAAGUCAUCUCUAUUACAUUCAAGACCAAAGCCCACAGUCGGUACUCCAGCUUAUAUUGCACAAGAAGUUCUCUCUAGAAGAGAGUAUGAUGGCAAAUUGGCGGAUGUUUGGUCAUGCGGAGUAACUCUAUAUGUGAUGUUGGUUGGAGCAUAUCCCUUUGAGGACCCAGAAGACCCAAAGGAUUUCAGGAAAGCCAUUAGCGGAAUUAUGGCUGUCCAGUACAGAAUCCCUGAUUAUGUCCACGUAUCUCAAGAUUGUAGCAUAUUCGUCACAAACCCAGCAAGGAGGAUCACAAUCAAGGAAAUCAAGAGCCACCCCUGGUUCCUGAAGAACUUACCGCGGGAACUGACAGAAGCUGCUCAAGCAGUGUAUUACAGAAAAGAGAACAUGGGGGUCUGCCUUCAGCGCGAUGAGGAGAUCAUGAAAAUUGUUGAGGAGGCGACAAGAAGUAUGGCAAUUGUAUUGUUGUCUUCGGUUAAAAGUAGGGUAAUUGUAAAAGUUUUCAUUGACAAUUGGAUGUCCACAGGAUCUUUCUAUACGACCUGGUGGUCAUUGCACGAUUUGCCCCAUCAAAUUCUUAUUAUAUCAUUAGAACAGGAAACAAUCAAUCGACUGUGCAAAACACGAGAGAGACGACCACCUGCAUAUUUUAUCAUUUGGAUUCACUUCGGUUCUCCUUAA